AUGGAAACUGCCAUAGCUCGUGGCCAAGGAAAAUCGACAACUGGAGCCGCGCUGCAGAAAGCAACGUUAGAAUGCAUAAUGCCGCCGCAGGUUGCUCUGAUAAUCGAAGCCGAAACGGACAGCGUUAAUCGGACAAUGAUGGAUUUGAGACAUCUAGUUAAAACUCAUGGGGGAACUGUUACACCUACAGCAUAUCUGUUCCAGAAAAAGGGAUGCGUCACAUUCGAGAAGGACGAAAAGAACCUGGGAGUUGACGAUGUGAUGGAUGAGGCGAUCGAAGCAGGGGCCGAAGAUUUAGAGGUGGACGAUGAGGGGAAUAUCAUUGUUUGGACGGAGCCGAAUAUGGUAACAGCAGCCGGAGAUGCUUUGCAGAAGAAAUUCGACAUAAAAAUCGCAAGUUCGGAUAUUCUCUGGGAUCCUAAUGAGGAUACAAAUGUGCCAGUUGAUGCAGGAGACGCCACAGAUAGGCUCAUUUCCUUCAUUGAGUCUGCAAGAGAUAAUUCAGAUGUUCAGGGGAUAUAUGCGAACAUUGUACAGGGAAAUAUUGAAGAUGGACAAUGGGAAGAUUUGGUCAGUGGAUUAGACUGA